AUGGAACUCCAGAUGUGCUAUGAUGAUGCCUCAUGGGAACAAUUUGACCAUAUUUCCGACAAUUGGUUACGUCAGUUUCUCAAUAUCGAUGUUAAGAGACCAAUCGCGGAGUUUAUCCUGAAGCAUGAUUCUGGGGAAGAUCCCGAGUUCACAAUCCUUCAAAAAGGGUCAUUCAACAUCACGUUAAAAAUGAAGUACACAUAUAACGCGACUGAUAUCCGCUUCUCACAGCCUGGAGCUGUUCUUUUUCCUGAGGAGAAAGUCCGAAACGAAGUUGCUGUAAUGCGAUGUAUCUCAGACCAGACAUCAAUUCCGCUUCCGUUCAUUCUUCGUUCGGGUACGAAGAUGGAGAGCCCCCUGAAUCUAGGCCCUUUUAUUAUGAUGAGCCACAUUGAGCACACCACGACUAUGUAUGAUGCUCUCAAUAUACCGGGGUGUUCAAACCAGACAAGGGGUAUUCUUGACCCAGACAUCGAUGAGAUUAAGCUUCAAAUGCUAUAUACACAACUCGCAAAGACCUUGCUUCAGCUUUUCAAACCAGAGUUUCCUAAAAUAGGGUCUCUUAGCCAGGUGGAUGAUUUUUCUUGGGAGGUGACCAACCGGCCAUUAUCAAUGAACAUGAACGAGCUGCCCUGGCACGGCUCAAUAUACAGCAUUUGCUUUAUCAAAGGAAUGAUGCGAUCCAGUCUGCAUGUGAUUGCCGCCGGAAAUUUGUGGCAAGACAGUUAUUAUCAGCUUGCCAAAGACAAGAAGUUAUUCUUAUGCGACAAAGAGGUUGAGAAUGGACCAUUCAGACUUUGGUGUGAUGAUUUCCGACCGGCCAACAUUCUCCUCCAUGAUGAUAUGCAGGUUGCUGGUGUGAUAGAUUGGGAAUUCACCUAUGCGGCACCAGCAGUGUUCUCAUAUGCUCCACCAUGGUGGCUCCUCAUCGAGAAGCCUGAAAACUGGACCGAAGGUAUCGAGGACUGGGCUCGAGUAUUCAACUACCGCCUAAAAACGUUCCUCAAAACCAUGAGGCAUUGUGAAGACAUGGCUCCCCAGCCGGAUAAGCACCGAAUUUCGGAUCAGAUGCAACGAAGCUGGGAAAGUGGAGACUUUUGGGUGGUAUAUGCAACUUUGAACAGCUUUGCGUUUGACGCGAUCUACUGGCAGAACAUCGACCCGCGGUUUUUCGGUCCUACUAAGACCAAUGAUCCCAGUGAUGCAUGGAAAGAGCGAUUACACCUAUUAGAUGAUACCCAAAGGGGUGAAAUGGAGGGCCUGGUGACGAAGAAGCUUGAGGAGAUGGAAGACAGGGUCUUAGCCUGGGAUCCAGACGAAUAUACUGAAGAAUUUUGUCAGGAGCUGAAGAGAAGGAGAGAAGAAAAAGCAGAGGAAAAUGGUUGUGAGACUGAGGAUUGA